UGCCCCUCCUCCAUCAGCUGAUACAUAUUGUCAACCCUGAGCUUGGCAGGAAGUGCAUCUUGUCCCUAUAGCUGGAACAUGAGGACAAGAAGCGGUUUUAUGCAAGGAAACUGGGACAACAAACUAAACUUUUGACGAAACAACAUCAGGCCAUGGACAGUUGUGGGAGAGGACGACCAUGGGGGAAGCUAGUCAAAGUGGACUCCAGUGAAACUGUCCUGCUUUUUAACAGGGAAUGCACAGUUGGCAGAAAAAAAGGAUGUUAUCUGUCAUUUCCAGCCAGCAAACUGGUCUCAGGGGAGCACUGCAAGAUCGUGCAAGAUGAAAGCUCAGGGCUGGUGUGGCUUGAAGACAUGAGCACUAAUGGCACAGUAAUCAACAUGUCCAAACUGGUCAAGAAGCAGACUCACAUGCUGCAGAAUGGUGACGUCAUCUACUUUGUUUAUAGGAAAAGUGAGCCAGAACAAAACAUCGCUUACGUGUACCACUCAAUCAAAACGGAGCAAGGGAAUUCACAACAUAGUUAUGACACAGGGAGACCAUCACACAGUCCUGCUCCUCUUCCAGCUUCAGAGAUGUCGCUCUCUGUAGAACCUGUAUUGCUCACCAAGGCUCCUCGUGAUCCAACUCAGGAGGAACCUCAGCCCUCCACCUCCCACUUCUGUAUUGAGAGCCCUCUCACUUCUGGUCCCAUGGCAACAACAGCCUCUCCUGCCUCUGCCAAACUUAAAGAAGACAUGGACAACAUGGAGCCAGAAAGCAAGCGGAGGAAAAAAGAUAAAGAUUAUGAUUCAAACUUGCCACACACCUCCAGCACAGAAGUGGCUGGUUCAGCUAAGGGAAGUCCUGGGAGUCCUUUGUCUAAACCUCCAGUGGAAGGAACUAAAACAGACAAGAUGGAGGAGUCUCUGACAUGUGUUAUUUGCCAGGACCUACUGCAUGACUGUGUCAGCUUGCAGCCUUGCAUGCAUGUCUUCUGUGCUGCCUGCUACUCAGGCUGGAUGGAGCGUUCUUCGCUUUGCCCCACCUGCCGCUGUCCUGUGGAGAGGAUUCGCAAGAACCACAUCCUUAACAACCUGGUGGAGGCUUACCUCAUCCAGCAUCCAGAAAAGUGUCGCAGUGAGGAGGAUCUGAAGAGCAUGGACAGCCGUAACAAGAUAACUCAGGACAUGUUGCAGCCAAAAGUUGAACGCUCUUUCUCUGAUGAGGAGGGCAGUUCAGAUUACCUUUUUGAGCUCUCUGACAAUGACAGUGACUCCUCAGACAUUAGUCAACCUUUAGUGAUGUGCAGACAGUGUCCUGGCUACAGGAGGGAGGUCAGUCAGGUUCUGUUUGCUACAGGUUCAAACUACUGGUUCCCUGGUCUGCUAGCUACACCGCCCAUACCUGCUCCACCCAAACCAGUAACUGAGGAAGGGUCUGCAAAGCCAACAGGGGAGCAGCCUUCAACAUCCUCUGACGUCCCCUCAGCUCCUCAGGAGUACCGCUGCCCCCCUCAGGGCUGCCAUCUCAUCUGUACCUGCUGCCUCCAGCCGAUGCCAGACAGAAGAGCUGAGCUAAACAGCCAGCAGGACACUGCUCAACAAUGUGUGCUGUGCCAGCGACCCUUCUGUCAUAUGUACUGGGGUUGCCAGAGGAUUGGCUGUCAAGGCUGUCUGGCUCGAUUCAGUGAGCUCAAUCUGACAGACAAAUGCCUGGAUGGAGUGCUAAACAACAAUAACUAUGAAUCAGAGAUCCUUCAGAGCUACUUGUCUUCCAGAGGGAAGACAUGGAGAGAUCUUCUCCAGGAGGCUCUGCAGGGCUUAGAGCAAUCACACUACUGCCUGACAGAUUGCCGUAUUUCUGCAAACACCAUCCUGUGCUAUUGCUGCGGCCUGCGAGCAUUCAAGGAGCUGGCCUUCAAGUACAGACAGAACAUCCCUCCAUCUGAACUGCCAGCUGCUGUAACGUCUCGUCCUGACUGUUAUUGGGGACGCAACUGUCGCACGCAGGUGAAGGCUCAUCAUGCAAUGAAAUUCAAUCACAUAUGUGACCAGACACGUUUCAAGAACUGAAGUAGCAGGGUGGUUUGAUUCUUCAGUGUCAAAUGUAGAUAACUGAUCAUUUCAUGCAUUGGGGAGACAUGACCUUGUUUGUUGUUUUGUUAUAUCCAUUGUAGCUAACUGCCUUCCACAUGUUAUGCAAUAACUUAAUGCUGAAUUGCAGUCAGUAUCCAUUUACAGUAGUGAACAGCAUUUUACCUGACACAGGGCUGUGUGAAAUAAUGCUAUGCACAUUCACUAAAGUUCAGUUUAGUAAAGUUCCAAGCUGUUCUUUAGAGAUUAGACCUGGGUGGGCAUUUAUCACCAGCCACCUUUUAAAUUGUGAUAUAUUUUGCCUGUGGCUCAUGCAUUUGUCUAAUUUACCAGGUAACCAACCACCUUUUGAUAGUAUUUCAUUUGUUUGGAUGGUGAAAUGCUUAAAGGUGCUUCCUGAUGUGUCCUUCCUCCAGCCUAUGUGAUUAAAUUGUUAGUUUCCUCUCAGAUCAAGAGCGAUUGAGGCAAUCUGUAUGGCUCAAGGCCAUAUAUAUUAACUUACAAAUGUUGAUGUGCAUGUUUUAUAUUAUGUGCUUCUUCAGCCUUGGUUAUCAAGGCUUAAAAACCUGAUGCAUAUUUUAUUUUUUUACUUCUGUACUUUUUAUGAAGUUUAGAAUCCAGGGCUUCAAACAACGUAAUAUCAAUGAAUACAACUAUUGAAUAUUAUUAGAGUAAAAGUAAAGUGAUUAAUAGUAUUACAGUAAUACUAAUACAGCACAAUUUUAUGCUGAUAUACUGCUUCCAAGAUACAGCAAUAUUACUAUGAAAGUGUCUCACCUCUUAGGGUCUACUCCUUUUUUGCCAGGGCAUUACUGUGUUCCCAGGCAAGGGCAAAAAGCUACAUCAAAGCCCCACACACGUACAAAGGUAGAUUCAAUGUGAUAUUUGUAUAGGAUUUCAUGUUUGUGGGAAGGGGAUCAAUGUGUUGUAAUGCUGUCAGAGGGCACGGGGGCCUCAGUUGUAUGCUUUGCUCUGGAUAAUCAUCUCCAAGGUGAUUAUAGUGGUGUAGAAGGGACACUUUCUCAGGACCUUGUAGUAAAGGCUAAGCUGUGAGGAAAUGCACAGUUACUCCAUGUGGACUCUAAAGAGGAAAAAAAUAGACUGCACUCCAAGCAACCAUUAACAGUUUAAUAUGCUGAAGCUGAUGGUGCUCAUGGAGUUUUCAUAUGCAAUGUUUUGCUGGAUACACUGUUCAGAACCAACAGUUUAGAGAAUUGUGCCAACACAAAUAAAACAGCACGUUCUGUCAUUUGGGUUCUAAUUAUACAUGUUGUAGCUUAUUGUGCAGCCAUUUUGAUAGACAUUUAUUUAGAUUCUCUUAAUGUUUUGGAGAUACUAGUUGAUCAGUGUGUUGGAUUUGGUUAGAUUUAGAAUUUAAGAUAAAUAGAUUUUCUCCGGUUCCUCAGGUACACAAAGCUGCUGUUGAGUUGUUUGAAUUUCAGGUUAACUAUGUUUGGUGGUUAGAAAACGUCUGUGUCAGCAAGCUGUUGCUGAAUAGUCCCAUUUAAUCUGAUAACAUCUCAUCUAUGACUAUCAUUACCCAGAUGUCAGCAGGUCCCAAUUAUGCAAACAUGUACUACUAGUAAUGAUGUAGAGUUAAAAAAAAAAUGACAAAUCACCCUUUUUUUCUUUUCUUUUUUUUUUUAGCUAAGUGAGAUGAGAAUUAGUCUCAAGAGGCCUUAUAUAUUGAAAUACAAGUAUAAUAGUAUAUAAUAUAAUAAUAGUCUUGUUGCGCUGUUGUGUUUUGUUUUUUUUUCUUUUUUUUUCUUUUCGUAGGGUCACAGUGUAAAGAAAAUUUUGGUGGACAUGAAGAAUGGGGAAUAGAAAAUGUUAAAAGCAGGCCCUGACUGGCAUUAGUACAUUUUGUAUAAUUUUACAGAUAAAUGUUGGUCUUCUUAAAGUUUAUGUAGAAUUUUCUUGGUUUUUAAUUUUUUGCUAGAUGUGUCUAUAUUGUACAACUAUGAGGAUAUUUGCACAUAUUUGUUUCACAUACAUUUAAAGGCUUCUGUUUUAAGUCUGUAAGGUUAUGAUAUGAACCGGACAUCCUGGAAGAGCUCUGGCUCAUAGUAUCUGAUUUGUAAUCAUAUGAAGAGUUUCAUUCCAAAGUGAGAUAUACAUCAUCGGAAAGGAAAAUUCAAAUGUGAAAAAUAAACUUAAGGGUCUCCUUGGUGUGCUGAAUUUUAGAAAAUUAUGUCCAUUUCUGGUAUAGUAUUAGUCACAUUAGCCAUAGUGAACAUGGAUGUGUUGUUUUGGAAUGUAGCUCUUCAUAUGUUCUGUGUAAAUUUUGGUGGCAAAAUGGGUUUGUGAAUGGGCACUUUCCUGGACUCGGCCUGAGCUCCUUAAUUUGUGGUGUUAGCAAGGUGGUUUAGGUGGGGUUUUUUUUGGCCCCCUCAGUCAUGGUGGGUCCACAUUGGCAUUCCUUAGCGGCUCAGGCCCUCAGCACAAGCCUGGUCGAUCCCCCCGACAGAGUGGCUGAGUUUUAAUUAUUCCCUACAGGAGAUCUGGGCGCCCUAAGCCCACAACAGUCUCAAGCCGCUCCAAUCAGGAAUUGGUAUUAAAGAGGCUUUGGAGGAGUGCUUUGCAUUCUCCCUGUGGUGAGAUGUGUGGGGUUAUGUUGUAUAUCAAGGCAAAUAUUUACUCACUUUGUGUGCAAAAGUCUGGACCAAGCUGCUCAGCAGUAUGGAAGAGGCAGGUUUCAUUCUACCUCAUCACACAGCUUCCAAGAAUAUGGAAGACUGAAAAGGCAUCAGUCACAUCAGUUCAAAGCUGAGCAUGCAUCAGUAUGAAGGAUGGAAGUCCUCACCGAUGCCUGGAAACUUUGUAUGCAAUGCACUAUUUGAACAAUUAGUCUAGACUAUAAUCCACUUUUAGUUAAAUCACUCUAGAAUAGCACUAGGCAGAAAAUUGUUGAGAGGUCUCACGUUUGAGAAAUAGUUUGAUUAAAGCUUCUUUCCCUUGUAUGUUGUAUUAGUAUUGCUAAGAUUGUCUUUGAAAUACAUAUGGAUCUGAUUUGCUUGUUUACUGUCAACAAAUUAAAAAACUGAUACAGCUGGCUACAGGAA